UCAUUAAAUUGGAUGGUCCGAGAAGUUAGCCACAUUAGAUUUUCAUAGAACGUUGAUUUGAAGUUUGGCAGUGUUGCCAUGUGAUUAUAAUGUAUAUAAUGUAUAAUAUGUUGCACGCUUCAAAUAUACAGAGAAAGCUUUGAAAACUAUCUUUUUUACAUUAUUUUGUGGAUUUUGCUAUUUUUUAAUGUAUGUAAAAUACGAACGAAUAAAUAUUUGUUGUUUGUUUUGAUAUUAAUUGCAGUUAAUUAUUAGAAAUUGUUUUGUGGCAAUUGUCCCGAUAGGUUACUGAGUAGAUUUGGCAAUAGAGUGAGAACGUUUAAAUUUGCGUUUGCCAGAUUGCACAGAUGUUCCGCAGAUAUACAUUUUAUGACUUUCUUUUUAUUAUAUUAUAUUUCUUUUUAUUAUUUUAUUAUUUGGAAUGAAUGUACCAGUACCUGAAAUGCUUUUAGUUACUGAAAAGUGUUUACUUCGUCAGUACGUUAUUUUUGUGUUCAUUUUGUAUUUUUUAAAAUAUUAAAAUGCCUACAACUAUUGUAGCACGUGAAAGACUUUUGAACAUAGCGCAAAUGCGGGAAGAGCGAUUCACGUUAGGGGAAAUAUGUACAAAUUUUGCGGAUAAUUUUAACGCAUUAGUGUGGUGCGCGAUGCGGUUACUAAUUAAAAAUAGCAUUCUGUGCAAUCUAUGCAAUAUUAGUAAGAACUUAAUUAAGCGAAAUUCCUUGUCGGACGGAUACAUCUGGAAGUGUAAUGGAUGUGGUCAGCGUACUUCGGUAAGAGAUGGUUCGUUCUUCUCCAAAAGCCUGCUACCGUUGAAGAAAAUGAUAGUCAUCAUUUAUGGCUUUGCAAAUGACUUCCCACAAACCCAGAUCAAGAUUGAAUCUGGGGUUGGAAGUCCCACUAUUGUCGACUGGUGCAAUUUCUGUCGAGAAGUGUGCACCAGAUAUUUGCAAGAGCACCCUGUGGAAAUUGGAGGAUUCGAUGAAAAUGGUCAACCCAUUACGGUAGAAAUUGAUGAAUCCUACUUCUUCCCCAGGAAGUACAAUAGAGGUGCUUAUAGGCCCGGACGCUGGAUUUUUGGUGCUGUGGAGAGGAAUAGUGGCAAAUUAUUCGUGAUACCGGUGGCAGCAAAAAGCGAGGAAAUACUAUUGCCCAUCAUAUCCAGAAUGAUUUUACCGGGGUCAAUAAUUGUCUCUGAUGGAUGGAGAGCGUAUACCAAUAUCGGUCGCUUAGAAGGAGGGGUGUAUGAACACAGGGUUGUGAUUCAUCAGCAAAAUUUUGUAGACCCUGAUGAUGAUAGUGUUCAUACACAGACCAUUGAAAGUGUGUGGAUGCGAGCAAAAAAGAAGCUCCGCAGGCAAUGCGGAACUUCUAGAGAUUUGUUCGAAUCAUAUCUGGACGAAUUUCAAUGGAGAGAGCGGAUAAAAAACAGGGACAGAUUCGUAGAGUUUUUAAUUUGUCUACAAGAACAGUUCGUAGUUUAGUUAAAUUUAAGAUUAGUUUAGUUAGUCGGUAGUAGAAUUUUUAGUUUAGUUUAAUUUAGUUUAGUUUGCUUUUUAGCAGAACAAUUCAUAGUUUAAUUAAAUUUAAAAUCAGUUGAUAUAGUUUAGUUUACACUUUUUAAUUAAGUUGUGUGUAUGUAUGUUUGUGUGUGUGUGUGUGUGUGCGUGUGUGUGUGUGUGUGUGUGUGUGUGAGAGAGAGAGAGAGAGAGGGAGAGAGAGUGAGAGAAUAUUAAAAAGUAGGUCAUUUAGCCACAGUUUUUAAAAUUUUAUUUAUUAAAAGUAAGUGCUUACUAUAGUAUUUUUACUACAAAAGCGAUAUUACGUAGGUCAAAAUUUUUGACGUAAGAGAACUGUCAAAACAUUAGAAUGUGACUUUUCAUUAUAAUAACUUUUCAUGUGACUUUUCAUUUAUAAUAAACAUGGCAAUUCACAUUCUAAUGUUUUGACAGUUCUCUUACGUCAAAAAUUUUGACCUACGUAAUAUCGUUUUUGUAGUAAAAAUACUAUAGGUAUCUUUGAAUGUGCUUAAAUUUAUUAUACAUUAUCACAUUUCACAUUCUUUGUGAUUUAUUAUUAAUGUAAUUACUUAGAUCCAAUUACAUAAUGUAUAGGUUGAACGUUUAAAGAAACAGAACUUAUUUUUUCCAACUUUUUUAUAAUGGUUUUGUAAUGUAAUAUUACAUGUGGUUCUAAAUAUUUUGACCAGUAAAUUGAUGUGUCUCCAUUUCUUUUUUAUAUACAAAUCAUAAUAAAAUGCUUUUAUACAAAGCAAAAUACAAUUCUUCAAUUUUUAA